GAGCGGGACAGCGAGCGGCGACGGCUGGAGGAGCUGGUGGAGGAGAACAUGCUGCUGGAGAUCGGACAGAAGCAGAGCAUGAACGAGUCGGCUCACCUGGGCUGGGAGCUGGAGCAGCUCACCAAGAACCACGACAACACCGAGACCCGUAAGUCUCUGGUUGACGAGCUGAACGAGUGCGUCUCCAGCCGUAUGCUGAAGCUGGAGAAGGAGAACCGGGAGCUGCAGGCGUCCAUAGAGAGGCUGAAGGAGGAGAACCACCUCCUGCAGGAGAAGCAGCUCCACACGCAGGAGCUGGACCGGGAGAACCAGAGUCUCAGCAACAAGCUGGAGCGUCUGCAGGGUUUACUGGACCAGGAGAAAAUAACCAAUCAGGACAUGGAGGCUCUGGGGGAGGAGCUACUGAAGGAGAAACAGAGUCUGGAGCGCGACAUGCACGCUCUGAAGGCGGAGAAGGACCGACAGAUCUCAGAGCUGGAGAGCGAGAAGCAGCACCUGUCGGAGGCAGUGGCGUCCCUUCAGGAGCGCGCUCAGUCUAACAGCGUGGCGAGGGUCCGCGAGGUGGAAUCAGAGAACCGCCUGCUGCACCAGAGCAUCACCGACACCAGCUCCCGAUUGGCCAGCCUGGAAACACAGCUCAAAGUAUCCAAUGAGGAGGCAGAGAGGCUGAGGGAGCGGGCGGGGCGGUGUGAGGAGGCGGAGCGAGAGGUGGCGCGGCUGGAGAGGAGCCGGGAGGCGCUCAGCAGAGAGGUGGCGUCUCUGCGGGCGUGCAGCGAGCGCUCCGAGGCUCUGGAGAAACAGGUGACCUCCUUGGAGCAGGAGGUGCACAGGCUGAAGCGGGAGGCGGAGGAGAGCCAGCGGGAGCUGCAGCGGCUGACGAAGCAGGAGGCUGAAAACGGACUGCUGUCCAAGGAGAACCUGGAGCUCCGCUGCUCCCUGGAGAGCCUGCGCUCCUCAUCCACCCGCCUCACCACUGUGCAAGAGGAGCUCCAGGAGGCGCAGAGGGAGAUGCAGGAGCUGCAGAGGAGGCUGGAUCAAGCUGGGGAGGAGGCGCAGGGAGAGAGGAAGAGAGCGGAGAGGCUGGAGGUGAACCUGACAGCUCUGAACCAGGAGAAGCAUCACAUAGAGGAGGAGAUGGAGAAGAGCAAAGAGGAGAGGGUGGAGGAAGAGAGGAGGCGGCAGGAGGCAGAAAGCAGAGAGGAGGACCUGAAGAGGGAGGUGGAGGAGCUGAAGGAGGAGCGGAGGAGGCGAGUGGAAGGAGACGAGGAGAGGAAGAAGCUCCAGCUGGACCUGGAGCAGUCGGAGAAGGGCCGGAAGCAGCUGGAGAAGGAGAGCUGGAGGAUGAGGACGCUCCUGGAGGGGAAGGAGACGGAGCUGGAGGAGAAAACCAGGAGGCUCACCGAGGUCACGAAGGAGGGAGGAGCUCUCAAAAAGGAGGUGGAGCGAAUGAAGGAGGCGGCGGUGAAAGCAAAGGAGGUGGAGCGAGAGAACAAGGAGCUUCAGAAACAAGCGACGAUCGACAAGAGGACGCUGGCCACGCUCAGAGAGGAGCUGGUGUCGGAGAAGCUGAGCGUUCAGCAGCAGAAGGUCGAGCUGGAGCGACUGAACGAAGAGCUGGAGAAGAUCGGACUGAACCGGGAGAAGCUGCUGCAGCAGGAGCACACGCUGGAGGACAGCAGGUACAGGCUGCUGGAGUCUCGGCUGGAGGAAACCGUCCAGCAGACCAUGAAGGUCAAGGAGGAGAAAAUCUCCAGCCUGGAAAAGAAGCUGGAAGAAAGCGGCGCCCUCAACAAGACGCUUCACGCAGAGCUGGAAGCUGCUUAUCAGACGGCGUCCGCCUCCCAUCAGCACCGCAAGGAAGUAAACCACUACUCCCAGCAGCACCCGGCGGCUGACCGCAGCGCCACGGCCGAACUGCUGCGAAUCAAAGAUCACCUGAUCGACGUGGAGAAGAACAACGCCUCCCUGCAGACGGAGAGCAGUCUGCUGAAGGAGCAGCUGAAGCAGCUGGAGAACCAGAACACUUCCCUCAACAACCAGAUGGCGGCGCUGCAGCGGCACACCACCACGCUGCAGGAGCAGAACUCGGCAUUGCACACGCAGACGGCGAAGCUGCAGGUGGAGAACUCCACCCUCUCCUCUCAGAGCGCCUCUCUUAUGGCCCAGAAUGCCGUGCUGCAAGGCCAGGUGACCGCCCUGGAGACGGAGGUGGAGUCGUGGCAGCGGCAGCGCGAGGAGGCGUGGCGAGCCAGAGAGGGCGUGCUCAGCGAUCACGAGCGCCUGCUGAGCGUUCACGAGAGGCAGGCUCAUGAGUACGAGCAGCUGAUCAGUCAGCACGCAGCGCUGAAGGGCAAACAGAGGGCGCUGGAGAGCGAGCACGGGACGCUGCACGGCAAGUACUGUGCACUGCUACAGCAAAAGGAGAAAUGGGAGGAGCACGAGGGGCGUGGCCUGAAAGAGAAGGAGGAGCUAAACCUGGAGAUCCAGAAGAACCGCCUCCUGCAGCAGGAAAACCUCCAGCUGAAAACAGAUGUGGACAGACUCUCCGAGAGCCAAUCACAGCAGGCGGAGCAGAGCAAGGGGCUCCAGCAGCGACUGAAUGAACUCAAGAGCUCUUUAAGCUCCUCCCAGCUGGAAGUGAGUCAGUGUAUGGCGCAAUACGAUUCGCUGAUGGAGCAGCACCAGACGCUGGAUCUCACCAUGACUAAACUAGACAACCACUGUGAGCUCCUGAGUCGCCUCAAAGGGAACCUGGAGGAGGAGAACCACCACCUGCUGAGUCAGAUCAACCUGCUGAGUCAGCAGAACCACGCGCUGCUGGAGAGGAGCAUGGAGAGCAAGGAGCUGUACCACCAGGAGCAGAAGCUCUACAUUGAUAAGCUGAACGCUCUCCGUCGUCAGAAGGAGAAACUGGAGGAGAAGAUCAUGGACCAGUACAAGUUCUACGACCCCACGCCUAAAAAGAGGAGUCAGUGGGCCGGAGCCAAAGCUUUAGUCAAACUCAUCAAACCCCGAAAGGAGAGCAGCCGGGAGAGGGGGGCCGAGAGGGAGCGGACUAAGAGCGCCCCGGACAUCCCCCUACCAGCCACACCCCCCCUCCUGUCCCCCGAGACCCCGCCCCCUCCACCCCAGAGGACCCUCAGUGACUCGCAGGACGGCGGCCAUAACAGCCCGGGCCCCCAGAGUCCAGCUGUCACCCCCACAAACCGAGGCACACACACACACACACACACACACACACACACACACACACACACACACACAGAAACUCGUUAAACAUGCCUGCAGAGUGUUUCGUUUUCUCUCGGGGACUCGCUCACCGUGAAGUUUGGGGACUUCUGAUCAGAGGCUCAGAGCACAUGUGGAGGAGCUGCUCUCUCUGUCCUGUAGAGGGCGCCGUUGGCUUUCACAUGACUGACAGUAAGUUCACAUCUGGAACCUUCCUGAGCAGCUGAUCCAGCCGUGCACACGUCUGAUAUUUUUACUGCAGAUUUUCAGGGUUUUUAUCAGAUUCGAUCCGUUCUUUGACUCGUUACCUGUCAGUCAUCGCUCCACAGACGCAGCUCAUUUAAAUUCAGACAUGCAGUGACAGGUCCUCGACUGCACAGCUGCUUGUGCACUUUUAGUCUGAACAGGAGUUUUCUGCAGGCGUGUUGUUGGCGUGUUACUCCUCACCUGUGGAGGACACGUGGAGCGAGCAGCCCUCUCACAGAAACCUCUGUUUGUUUCUUUGGAGCCUAAAUGAGAACAAAGUGAAACAGGAAAGAACAACAAAAACUGUCUUUGUGCUUUUUGGCCGGCAUGAUGUUCCAGAUGUCACAUUCUUAGUUUGGGACCGUCGGGAAUGCUGGCACGCCUUCAACCCUUUAAGACCGGUCGGAGCCGGCACACUCCGUUUUGUGUAACUAUUUUUAAAUCCCUGUAGAACCCGAACCACGUAAGCUAGCGCAAUAAAUUUUUUUGCAUAUGAAACCGAAGGAGUUGUACUUACU